AUGGUUGGACUCCUUCCAAAACACGGUGGACACCCAGCUUGCUACUCUUCCCCUUGUCAUCGAAGAAUCCUAACUCGGAAUCUCAUUGCGUUCACACUUAUCAAACGCAGGUUUGGCGACUCUGGAUUGACACCAUCAAGAGCUCCUUGUACAAUGGUUCUUAAGCUCCAUCUGGACACCACCUCUGUUUGUUGCCAUGCCGAUAUCCGUACUGUCUUAUCCAAACUUACCCUUCGCGCCACUCCUUUGCGAUAG